UUCAGCCAUGUCCGAUUAAAGAUGAGCACGCUAUCGGGGAUACAAGUUUACAACUUUACAGGAUCGCCAUUUUACACUUAAAUUUCAACAUCUAACACUCAAACUGCGGCAUCGCAACAUUGCGUCAUUUGUUUUAAGUGAAGGGACGAAGUUGUCAAGAUGGAAACGUCAGUUCUUGUUGGAUUUAUCCUGAUGGGAACUUUAGGCGGGGUUGGGUUCUAUACUGCAAAUGCCCAGCAAUUAGGGUUCUGCCAUCAGGCCUUUAAUGUGAGGUUUCUCGGACACUGUUACUGGAAAAACAGAGCAGACAGAUGGGCCUCCGCGCAAAGUAACUGUGAAAGUAUUCUCGCUGGAAGUCAUCUCCUGACUGACAUGACAGAGGAGAAACACCAGGAGCUGUUGAAUCAGUUUUCUGACUUAGACUCGUUCUGGCUCGGACUGAGCGACAGAGGAACGGAGGGAAGUUUCGUCUGGGAUGACCUUGCGGACACUCCGCUGGGGUCACCCACACAGUGGGACCCAAACACGCCGAACACAGGGGGGAGAGACUGUGUCGCCAUCACGGGCAGUAGCUGGGUUCCCAUGGACUGCAACACGCAGCUACCAUACAUCUGUGAAAAAGACGUUGACGAGUGCGCUGAUAACCCCUGUGACGAGCAUGCCGUCUGCACCAACACCAAGGGAUCCUUCACCUGCACCUGCGACGACGGCUACACGGGCAACGGUUUAACGUGCACAGCCCGAUGCAGCCAAAGCUGUAACGCCAGCGCGCUAUGCCGCAGCACUGACGGGUCCAACUACGCCUGUGUUUGUAAUGACGGCUUCGAGGGCGAUGGAGUAACUUGCACUGAUAUAGACGAGUGUCUAGAUCCGGAUGCCGCCCGGUGCCACGUAGAACAUGGAAAUUGCGUCAACACGCCGGGAUCCUUUGACUGUUUCUGUAACCCCGGGUACCAGCGAACAAGCGGAGACCUCCAUGAGUGUGAGGAUGUGGAUGAAUGUCUCGCCAUAAAGAAUCGCCAUCCCUGUUCACCGGACGCACACUGCGACAACUCCAUAGGCAGCUUUAGAUGUGACUGUAAUCCAGGAUAUACUGGGAACGGAUACGAAUGCGUAGAUAUUGAUGAGUGCGCUACGGGGCAACACAACUGUCACGUAAACGCGGACUGUGUCAACCAAGUGCCGGCCAGCAGCGAUCACGAAGAGGGCAGCGAACAUGACGCCGUAGUUGGGUUUACUUGCACUUGUAAGCCUGGCUAUCAAGGAGACGGCGUUACCUGUGAAGACGCAGAUGAAUGUCUGGAGACGCCCUAUCCUUGCGAUGCGAACGCGGACUGCACCAACAUCGUCAGUUCCUACACCUGCGCGUGCCGAGACGGUUUUCAAGGCGACGGAAUGAACUGCACUGACAUCGACGAGUGUGCCGGAGGCCAGGUUCAAUGCCACGCCCUAGCAACCUGCGUCAACACCGUGGGAUCCUACCUGUGUCGCUGUCGGGACGGUUUCCAAGGAGACGGGAUAACGUCGUGUGCAGAUGAGGACGAGUGCCUGGCGACCCCUUCACCCUGUCCCGCUAACACCGACUGUACCAAUAACGUGGGGUCCUACAGCUGUCAGUGUAAGGCUGGGUUUACCGGAACUCCUCCUGACAACUGCAUCGAUGUGGACGAAUGCGCCAAUAAUGCUCAACUCUGCAAUGCACCGUCAGUCUGCGUCAACACACCCGGUAGUCACGUGUGUCAAUGCACGAACGGAUACCAGUAUGACGGGUCUCAGUGUGUGGAUGCUAACGAGUGCGAUGGGAAUCCCUGCGAUCCUAACGCAGACUGCGCGAACACAGUGGGGAGUUAUACUUGUACUUGCCGCCCUGGGUUUGUAGGCAACGGCUUGGUCUGCACCGAUGUCGAUGAGUGUACAGGAACACCAUGCCACGUGAACGCAGACUGUACGAAUACUAUUGGUAAUUACACCUGCACCUGUCAUGUUGGCUACGAGGGCGAUGGGAAGGUGUGCAAUGAUGCCGACGAGUGCAGCCGGACUCCCCGACCGUGCCAUGACCAAGCCGACUGCACCAACACCCCUGGUUCCUACACCUGCCGAUGUAGGGUUCCUUACAGAGGAGACGGUAUCCAAUGCACCAACGACCCGAACACGAACUGUGUGACCGGCGCAAACGGAGUGAUAACCUGCACGUGUAAACCUGGCUACACUGGAAACGGUUACACCUGCACCGACGCUGACGAGUGCGCCGGAACACCAAGACGCUGCCAUGAACAGGCGACCUGCACCAACACACUUGGGUCCUUCCGAUGCACCUGUAACCAAGGAUACCAGGGAGACGGACUCACCUGUACAAGUACUACUGGUGGGGUUUGUGCAGGUUUUGCAGGGGGCAGUCACGGCACACAUACCUAUCAAGUCGUGCUGGACGGCGUUACCCUGACAGACGAGCUGCGAGAUACUAACACGGAACCCUACAGAAGUCUGACAGCAGACAUAGCAGUCUUGGUGAAUAACGUGAUGAAGACGACACAGCAUGCAGGCAAAGUCAAGAACGUCUUGGUCACACGGCUGAAGGAGGUGGAAGGAGAAGUAGUGGCUGUGUAUGACGCCUGUCUGGAAAACGCCAACGCCGCACAGGGGCUGGAAAUACAGAACAAUAUACAAGCGGCCAGCAGCGUGGACAACACGCUUGGUAUCAACCUGAAAACAGCCUGCUAUCUGGAGUCAGACGACAGUAAUUGUCCGACAUCGGCCUCCGUCAGUGGAGGAGGAUCAGGACUGAACCCCAGUACAGCUAUUGCAUUGUGGGUUUCCCUGGCCCUGCUUCUUCUAUUGUUGCUGCUCGCAUUGUGCUGUGCUUGGAGACACCACAGAGGGAAAAAGUACUAUGAUGACAAGUCAGAGUAUGACUACCCUCCCUCAAUCCACGGAUCAGUCUACCACAGUCCUCAAAGCCACGUCUAUGAUUACCCAACAGCCACUGCGCCUACAGUCGUGCCAAUUGCACCACCGAUGCCCGAGUAUCUCGCCACGCGUCGCCCGUCCAGUCUGCGGAGGAAAAGCAUGUCGACAUCGGUACCACCAUAUUCUACACCGCGAAGACUAUCUAACGCAUCAACAGCGUAUACCAACCCUCGAAAACCCUCUCUUACCGGGUCAGCAUAUUCCCGCAAUCGACUCUCGUCUAUGCCAUCCACAUACAUCCCGAACGCACCCCUGCCAACUCUCAUGGAUGAUGACAUCGACUCUUCUGAAGGCCGCGAGGCUCAAUCACUUUCCUUCUUCACUGAUGAGGACCAAAAUGUGCACAGCAUGGAAGUCAGCCUCCAGAUGAAGUAAACGAAACUAGAAAGGCAGAACGUUUUCCCUAUAGCCAUGUGUCUAGCUACUCGCAUACAAUACCAUACCAUUAGGCUCUCCCCAAAGUAGUGUGUGAGGCUGAAAAAAGGAAUUAGGGCUAUGAUUAGGGUAUCUUAGUAGCCUGACGUGAUAGCUAGUACAGGCAGAUAGCCUAGGUAGCCAGGCCUAAUGCACAGCCCAGACUUUUCUGUAAACCUUUUCUGCUAUAAGGAUGAAAGAAAAAACACAGCAAAAACAGUAUGUUUUCAACAAACCUUGCGGACUUGCUUAUAACUGCAUGUUACCCACUUUUAAGGAAAUGAGUACUUGUCAUUAGGCUGUCAACGUGGUUCUUAAAGAAGAGUGGGAAGAAUUAUUUGAAUUAAAAAUCAUAAAAUGACAUUACAGACAUAACAUUUAUAGAAAAAUGGUGAAACUAAUAUAUUUAUUACUUCUUCUUUUUUAAUUUUUCGGGCGACAGGAAUAUGCUUUUCUGAGCCAAAUUCAAUGAUUUGAUAAUAUUGGUUGUUCAUUUUAUACAUCGAUACUUAUAAGUCUCUGGAUAUGCCCAGAGAAUCAGUAUAAAUCCCUUGUUUAGUCCGUCCUGUUUAUUGCUAGUAAUGGCCAUACAGGCAUCUUAGGUAGGUAAAUCUUCCAUCAACCAUCAUAAAACGUACGUUGUUUAUCUAAUAUGUUAGUGGUACCGGUAAUGGAACAAAAUGUGUACAGUUAUUUAGUUUAGUUAGUUUUUUAUCACUACUACGUUGCAGUCAGUAAAGCUAGCAAAAUGAAGGGAAAAGCGGAAAAUUACUACUAAGGACUGUAAAUUGACCCAAAGCAGCUGGCGUUGGUAGUUACAGUGAAGCAAUACUAUAGCAUACUUACUUUCUUGUAUAAUACUAUGGAUAAGCUAAACUUUACCUUACCAACACCAAAUUAAUUGGGACUUACCCCCAAUUUUCAGCCGACUCUGACAGCCUUGUUCACGGAAUGGACCCGUCUGCUGUAGCUUACGACUUUCUUGUACAUACUUUUGUAUCGAAACCAAAGAUUUUGCAUACCUAUGACAUUUAUGAUUGUACAAGUAUAUUGUGUUAGUUAGGCACUCCAAAUGCAAUAAUUAUCUUUACUAUGGGGCGUACAUGACAAAAUAUGAACCUAUUGUGGAAAUAAUAUAAUAGUUUAUCGUGAUGUUCAAAAUGGUGCUAGAAAUACGUAAAAUUAUACAUACAUUGGAGUUGAAUUAAAUACAGAAAUGUA